UUAUUAUUAUUAUUAUUAAUUAUAUAGUUUAGAAUUUUAUGAAUUUUUAUUUAUUUAAAUAUUCACGUGGAAAUAUUUCCUGAAAAAAAAAAACACAAGAAAAUCCUCCUACUGUAGACUUUUCCUCCCGGUUUGUUUUAAUCUUUAACUUAUAGAAUAAGAUCCCUGUCUAAACGUGCGCAACGGUUGCAGCAAGAAAAAGUCCGCAUCUCUUAAGGAACUAUCCUUCUUCAGAUUCUUUGAAUUUGUUUCAGGAUGUUAUUCGGACUGUUUGGAUCCGGCUGUUAGAUGAUUCUGGACAAACAGGGUUUAAGAAUCUGGAAGGAGGAAUUGUUUUGGAGUAAUUAGAGCUUCUUUUUUUAUAUUUUAAUUUUUAAUUUUGUGAUGUUGAUGGUGGGGAGCAGCAUGAUGAUUGAUGAUCACUUUGACAAUGAGUUGAGUGAAGAAUUGUCAAUCGAUAUGGGGACGUUGUUGGAUAUGACCGAAGAAAAGGAGUCUGAUCGACUGCAGACUAGUCUGGAAGAUUCAUCAUUAAAGAAUUCGUCACAAGAAGAUUCAGCUGUGGAGGAUGGAAAUCACAGUAAUUUGCAGUUUCAAAGUGGAUACCAACUUGAUUUCCUGGGUCCUGUUACAUCUUACUCUUCAUAUGACUUGGAAGCUUCAGAUGAUCAAAAAGGGCGUUCAGGUGAUUACCAUAGCAAUCUGCAACACACAGAACGAACCUGCUCACUUGUACAUACUUGUUCUGCUAGUCCUGAUGACUGGUUCUCACCAACUUCAGGGACUUGCUGCCCUGAAAGGUUUGGAAUAUCUCAAUUUGAGACACCUGGUUGUAGUACAGGCUCUAGUUUCUCUGAAGGGGAUGGAAACCAUGUAUUUAAUGAUAGAGACAAUAUGGAUUUUUAUGUGCUGGAUGGUGCAACCAGAAUUCAGUUUGGGCAUAUGGGAAGUCAAAUUGAUUCCAAAUUCGUGGAUGCUUCCCACAGCCAUUUCAUGGAGAAUUUGGAUGUAAAUUAUGAGCCUCGUGGUGGUAUGAGAGGAAAUAGGUUGGUAUCAUUAGGAGUACUGGAGAAUGGUGUAUAUUCAUUUAGUGAUGUUUCCUUCAGGGAUGCAGAUGUGGCUUCAAAUAAUGUGGCUUCAGCUGAUUCUACUGCCUGUCCUAGUUCUGAAGUUAUUAGGGAUGUUGAUGACCAGUUUUCAACUAUGCAGUAUUACAUGAAUACAGAUAAUACAUUUGUUGAGGAUCUGUCUAGUUUCAAUUGCCAAUCGGUGCCCAGUAAUGAAGAAACUACAACCAAAAAAAGUGUUCCUGGGGAGUUUUCAACAGAGAGUGCUUGCUCAAGUAGUAGGAUGGCUAUAAAUGCUAGUAAUGGAUCCCUAUCAGAGUUAUCAUUGAUUGAUGGCUCUGAUGUAAAUGGACAGAGCUUUAGAUGUGAAGAUAGUAAUUAUUUUUCACCAAUCUAUGAAAAUUCUCUAUCAAAUAUAGGAAAUAGAAUUUUUGAUGGCAAGGCAUCUGCCCAGUCAUUUGGUUAUUCUCAUUCACAUUUUUCUAGCAAGAAACAAUCAGGUUGUGUAAAGGAUGAGGGAAAUGGUGAACUAAUUGCCUUUGGGAGCACAAUCAAUGGUUCUGUUGAAUUAGUUGAUGAAGUUGUAAGUAGACAUUCUUCUUACCAUGAUGGUGGCAAUUUUGUUGAAUGCUCAAAUCAGUUUCCUACUGGUGUAGCACCUUCUUUUUCAAGUCAGAAGAAUGCGAUUCAUGCUCAGGAGGAGAAAGCAGGCUUGAUUAUUGAAUCUAAGAGGGCUGGCCUUUGUCAACAAAUCAUUAAUGGAAGUGUUACUAGAUCUCUCAUUGAUGAUGGAGAUUUGAACUUGCAAUUUAAUUCUUCAAGCCAGUAUUUUCCAGGUGCUCAGGCAUCUGUGCCAAACGAGAAACAAUUAAGUUGUUUUAAAGGAAAGAAGGAGGUUGAACUGAUUAAACUUAGGAGUAUGGUUUCCAAUAUUCCAAAAGUGAGCCCUGAGUCAACUUACAGUAGCAUAUCUCUUGUUGAUGAUGACCCGGAUAUAUGUAUACUUGAAGAUAUGAGUCAACCUGCCUGCUCUAAUCAAUCUGUAGUACUUGGAAAGAGUUUUAAUAUGAGUCAAGCAUCUUGUUUAAAUGCAUUUGGAAAGCCUGCUUUUACACAAUACCACUCCAGUGAUACCCUGAAUUAUACUGGAGUGCCUCAAAUUGGGUUUGGAGGUCUGAGGCUUAGGGGAUGCAAUGAGAGAUUAUUUCAAGCUGCACUGCAGGAUGCCUUGCAGGACCUUUCUCAGCACAAAUCUGAAGCUAGUCCGCCUGAUGGUGUUUUGGCAGUGCCUCUUUUGAGACAUCAGCGAAUUGCUUUGUCAUGGAUGAUCCAAAAGGAGAGAUCUAGCAUGCAAUGUUCAGGAGGAAUCCUCGCAGAUGAUCAGGGACUUGGAAAAACAAUAUCAACAAUUGCACUUAUUCUUAAGGAGAGACCUCCAACUUGUAAAGCAGAGAAUGUUAGCAAAUGUAAACUGGAAACUCUAAAUUUGGAUGAUGAUGACGAUGACAAUGGUGAUGGGGCUUUUGAGCAUGAUAGAAUAAAGAAAGAAUCUGAUUACUUUCCAGAAGGAGUAAAGGAAGAAUCUGAUUACUCUCCAGUUACUUCCGAUGGAAAUUCGGUAAAAAAUUUAAGCAGUCUAGGGCAUGGUAGGGGAAGGCCAGCUGCGGGAACUCUUGUUGUUUGUCCAACGAGUGUAUUGCGGCAAUGGGCUGAGGAGUUGCGCAAUAAGGUAACCAACAAAGGAAGUCUCUCUGUUCUGGUGUACCAUGGAAGCAAUCGAACUAAGGAUCCUUCUGAGUUGGCCAAGUAUGAUGUUGUUAUUACAACAUAUUCAAUAGUUAGCAUGGAGGUUCCCAAGCAACCCCCUGUUGAUAAAGAAGAUGAUGAUGAGAAAAUAAAGGCAGAAAGCGAUGAUGUUUCACCAAUGUGUUGGUCUGGCAAGAAAAGAAAAUCCACACCUAAUUCUGAUAAAAAGGGUAAGAAAUGCAAGAAAGGAGUGGAUGAUAUGCUUCUUGAGAUUGCUGCUGGACCUCUUGCAAAAGUGGGAUGGUUUAGGGUUGUGUUGGAUGAGGCUCAAAGCAUAAAGAAUCACAGAACUCAAGUUGCUAGGGCUUGUUGGGGUCUCCGUGCUAAACGUAGGUGGUGCUUGUCAGGGACUCCUAUUCAGAAUGCCAUUGAUGAUCUUUAUAGCUACUUCAGAUUUCUCAGAUAUGAACCCUUUGAUGUUUACAAGUCAUUUUGUGCUAGAAUAAAGGUCCCAAUUUCCAAAAGUCCAGCCGAAGGCUACAAGAAGCUGCAAGUUGUGUUGAAAACAAUUAUGCUACGUCGAACCAAAGGCACUCUUCUUGAUGGGGAGCCGAUUAUUAACUUGCCACCUAAAGUAAUUGAGCUUCAGCAAGUGGAUUUUACGAAGGAGGAACGUGAUUUCUACAACCAACUAGAGAUUGAUUCACGUGAUCAAUUUAAGGAAUAUGCAGCUGCUGGAACUGUAAAGCAAAACUAUGUUAACAUUUUAUUUAUGCUCUUGCGCCUUCGUCAAGCUUGUGAUCACCCUCUGCUUGUCAAGGGGUUUAAUUCAAAUUCAUCGUGGAGAUCCUCUGUUGAGAUGGCUAAGAAACUUCCUAGGGAGAAACAAAUUUGCCUUCUCAAAUGUUUAGAAGCUUCUUUGGCAAUUUGUGGCAUCUGCAGUGAUCCCCCUGAAGAUGCUGUUGUGUCAGUCUGUGGCCAUGUUUUUUGUAAUCAGUGCAUCCAUGAACAUCUUACUGGUGAUGACAGUCUGUGUCCCACAACAAAUUGCAAAGUUCAGCUCAGUGUGUCUUCAGUGUUUUCCAAAGCUACAUUAAAAAAUUCUCUCUCACAGCAGAAUGGGCAGGACAGUUUCGCUGAUUGCUCUGGUCCUGAUGUGGUUGAGGCACCAGAACAUUGUUCUGAUAGUAUCUCAUCAUCCAAAAUCAAGGCUGCUCUUGAGGUUCUGCAGUCACUGGCUAAAGCAAGGGAACCUGAACUAACGGAUAGUUGUUUACAGAAUUCUUUUGGUGAUAGCACAUGUGUUCCAGAAGAUUCAUAUAACCUUCAUUCAGGAGAUUCACUUAACAAUAUUCCUGAUGAAAAAAGAUUGGUUGCAGAGAAAGACUUAAAGGAUUCUAUUAAGGUAGUUGGUGAGAAAGCAAUCGUGUUUUCACAGUGGACAAAAAUGUUGGAUUUGCUAGAAGCUUGUCUCAAAGGUUCUUCCAUCCAGUACAGAAGACUUGAUGGAACAAUGUCUGUUGUUUCCAGAGACAAAGCUGUAAAGGAUUUUAACACCCUCCCAGAGGUGUCUGUCAUGAUUAUGUCUUUGAAAGCUGCUAGUCUUGGAUUGAACAUGGUUGCUGCUUGUCAUGUCCUGCUUUUGGAUCUAUGGUGGAACCCAACAACUGAAGAUCAAGCAAUUGAUAGAGCACAUCGUAUUGGACAGACUCGUCCAGUUACAGUUUUGCGGUUGACAGUGAAAAAUACAGUUGAAGAUCGUAUUUUGGCUCUCCAGCAAAAGAAGAGAGAGAUGGUUGCAUCAGCAUUUGGAGAGGAUGAAACUGGUGGUCAACAGACUCGCCUUACAGUGGACGACUUAAAUUACUUGUUUAUGGUGUGAUUAGGAGUUAAUCAGGUUUGACAGAUACCGUUUAGCUAACCAUUUACAUUUCUAUAGGUUUUUGUUAAGAAUCUGCAGUUGUCACAGCAGCAGCAGCUCUUUACUGACUCAAUAUAGCCUCAAUAAAGUUUCUGAAAGAAAAGUAGUGGAGAUGGUAAGCACUCUAUAGAGAAGGUUAUGCCACAGUAGUCAUGAAAAGAUUCACAUGAUUAUUUUUCUUGUCUUUAGAAUUUUUUUCCUUUUCUAAUAAUAGAUCUCUUCUAACCUCCCAUCGGUUUGUAUAGUAUGUGAAGGUCAAUAGCAUAGAGUUUAGUAAAAUUACAGAUGGAUAUUCUUUCUCUUAAAAUGUGAAUGAUGAAGGGUUUCUUUUGUUUUAGCUUUCCAAUAUUUCUGUCGUUCUAUUUCUGGUACAGAGAUGACCAAAUUUAGUUCUUUGGUAAAUAAUGGUUAUAUUAGUACAUUCUUGUAUACUUUGUAUUCGAGAGUAGAUAUUUUGUUAUGUUUAAACUUGUCGCCCAUUUCUAAGGCUUUGGUAUUAAGAUUUCUCUUUAUUCAGAUCCCAAUAAUGGAUGGAGGUUCAUCUUUUUGCCCA